AUGCCUGAAGGCGCUGGCUUCACGGGAGCGUCCCAGACGUUCAACACGGCGAGUCUGGACAGCAUUUUGUCGUCCAUGUCCAGCGAGUUUGCCGAGUCAACCGGCGGUCGAUUCAACAGUGGCACGGCUGCCACCCAAGCUUCAACAUCAGAUUCCCCUGCGUCGAGCUCAGGCGUCUCUGGUGAUGCCGGCUCGACACCACCGCCUUCGACGACUUUUGCUACCUCCGCAUCCCCAACGCCAGGAGUUUCAGACGAUGCAACCCUCAGUCUGAACAGUCACGCAACCAACACAGCGACCAAUGCGGCAAGCAGUGCCACCGACGGCCCCGUCACCGUUUCGGAGAAGUCUUCUUGUAACAGCCUUUCCUGCUCACCUGCACUCAAAGCCGCCGUUGCAGUCCCGAUAGUCGUCGCAGCCAUUGCCGCGAUACUGUUGUUUUUCUUUUGUGUCAGGCGGAGAAGGAAACGGGCUGGUGCAGAGGUGUCGGAGAAGCGACCAUCAAAAACAGGAAAGAAGAAGUGGACGAGACAUCUGCGAGCAUUUUCGUUCGACGCAGAGUUGCUCAUGGGCGGUCGUUUCUCCAGCUCGAACAGCCUUCGCAGCCGAGAUCCCAGCGUCCUCAGCCGCUCAGGCACAGCGUCUCGGGGCAGCAACCACACUGCCGAACCAAGCUUGCACAGUAUUGACGAAGUGGCUCCUCCCUAUCGAGAUGCCGUAACGCACGCCGUGCCUCCUAGCCCACAACGAUCAAUACCUGCCGUUACCACCAUCGCUGCGGAUCCCAUUCCUCGGCCGUCUUCUACGGCAACAGCACCACCACCUUAUCGAUCGGUUGCUGCUGGCGCGUCACCCGAACCACCCAGCCCAUCCACGAUCAGAAACCCAUUCUCAGACUCGGCACCGGUUAGCCCGAUCGAGGAGUCACCGUUCAACGACCCGCCGGAAGCGGGUGGAGCGUUAGCUCCUGCGCUGAGUCGUGCAUCAUCCAUGUAUCGCAGUGUUAUGACCGAUGAUGCUACCCCGACCGCCUCGGAAGCUGGGAGCAUCAGGGAAGCGGUCGUUGGCAGACGGGUGUCAGUCAGGAAUGCGGGGAGCACGAGCGGCGGCAGUAGCUAA